AUGCGAUUUCUAAAUUCGUGGGAUGCCGGCCAUCUCUUUCCACCUCAGGAGUUAGUGCUCACACGCACCGACACGGAGCAAUUUGAAGCAAUGAGCGACCAACUUGUCGCUGAAACGUUGCAAGCCAGCGAGGACUUUAUAGCCGACGGUAGGUCCGUUGACUUGGACCGAUGGAAAAUUGUAAUGGAAAAAGGAAGCAUGACGGCUUAUCGAUCACGGUCCCGCGGUCAGCGACGCGGCCGACAUGACACGGAAGAAGCGGUCGAAUCGUCGUUUGUGCAUCGUCCCAAAUUAUUAUCAGCCGACAGCUCCUUGAGCGACUUGAUGGGACGUAGCAACACGCACUUGUCGUACGGCUCGUCACAAGACGACGGGUCGUCAUUCGAUAGUGUGCACUACUAUGAGGACAGCCGCAUUGACACGGAAUCACUGGAACAAAGUGUUCUUGGCAAGUCACGCCCUUCAAAUACACCUAUAAUUUUUGGUGGUGGUGUGAUUUCAGGCUCAGUGGAUGAUGCAGGACUCGGCUUUCUAGCAAAUACCAAAGACCGCAGCGUCAUGCGUGCCGCGACCAGCAUGGAUGUGAACUUGAAAGACAGUCGCAUCUUGGCGCAAAUUCGUGGGCCAAUACAGCAAGAUCCGUUUCGAUUCUUGGGUAUCAAGUGGAACUCCUACUCGUCAACUAAAGCAGGAAGUAUCGUGUCAAAGCCAAGAGAUGUCGUGGUGCUUGAGUCCAUAGGUAUGACACUGGACUCGACUGGAGAACGAGUGUGUUACUUUCUAAACCAUUCGAUAGAAAUUGAGGAAGUUCCGGAAUUCCGCAAGAAUGGGCUAGUACGUUUUCGCAUGUCAAGCUGUCGAAUUAUGCGGCCAUCCAAUAGUCAAGGCGAGCUGGAGGUUUAUUUUCGAGGGUAUUGCAAUACUAGUGACCACUUUAGCAUCGGGUCAUCGACACAUUUUUUCUGUCAGACCUUGCUAGACACUGUACAAGUUGUCGAGGAGUCAUAUCUUAAGAAACUCGCGUGGUUUGUGCAUGUGUAUCCCCAACGUCGAAGUAGCCACGAAAACGCUGAGAAACACGAAGGGUGCGCGUGCUGCCGCAAGCUACCUAAUAUAGGGUUCAAGAAGCUGCUGGAGAGCAGCAAAACGUGUUUCUUGUGUCGACGUAAGGUUUGCAAGAAGUGCAUUGUCAAGAAGUACUUGUACAUCGUCUCGACAAGCAAAAAGCAGCGUCUGGAAUUCUGUUUAACUUGCUACUUGAAGGCAAAGAAAUUGUCGGCGUGUACAGUUGCGGUAGCAACACUCCCUAGGUCGUAA